AAAUGUUAUAAAAUAAAUACAUAACUACAUAUAUUCAUAUGUCUACAAUAGCCUUUAUUAAAAUUAAAAGGAAAUUCACGAAAUGCCUUUCCUUGGUGUUGGUUUAGGACUUCUUAUACUCACCGGUAGCAGCUGUUUCGUGUUGGGCGCUUUCUAUGAGCACUGUGAUUUUCUGCGAAAUCUCCAUGAACUCAUACAAGAGGAUCCAUACGCUUUUUAUAUACGCGAAAAAUUAUACGCAACGCUACAGCUUUUUAAUCCGAACUGCUUGCAUCGAAUGCCAGACUCUUGCUCACGCAUGUCGGAGAUCAUGAAAUAUGGUUUUCCCGGUUUGGAUGAUAUACGUGUCUAUUCGGAUUUUGUACUUUCCUAUGACCGACGUAAUCGUGUUGCGCACUGGGUUUACGAACAUUUACGCGCACCUUGCGUUAAAGCGGAUGGCACAAAUAUCAAUCGCAAAGAAUGUUGGUAUCAACCUGAUAUGAGUGUACCGUCCAAUUUUCGCGCUAAUUUGACUGAUUAUAAGAAUUCUGGCUUCGAUCGUGGCCAUCUAGCAGCAGCGGGCAAUCACAAAUGCCAUCAGACGCAUUGUAAUGAGACAUUCUAUUUAACAAAUAUAGCACCACAAGUUGGUAAGGGCUUCAAUCAUGAUGCAUGGAAUCAGUUGGAGAUUUAUGUACGUGAAUUAACUGAAAGUUAUGGCUCUGUUUAUGUGUGUACUGGACCACUUUAUAAGCCAAAACGUCAACUGGUUGGUAUUGCUACUUAUUCAGAGCACACUAGGCCCACUGAUGAGAAGUGGUGUGUGGAAUAUGAAGUAAUUGGAGAGAAUACCGUCGCUGUACCAACGCAUUUUUUCAAAGUGAUUCUUGUGGAAUCGAAAAUGUCAGGCGGGCAUCCGUAUAUGGAGGCUUAUAUAAUGCCAAAUGCACCGAUUGGCAAAAACAUCAACAUUCGAAAUUUUCUCGCCGAUAUUAGAGAAAUUGAGCAUAUUGCGGGAUUACAAUUUUUCAAUGGCAUUCGGCGAAGUUUCUUUUUUGGUACUAAUUAUAGCACGACACCAGAGAUAUACAACAAUUUCCAGUGAAUAAUAGUUGGAUCAAAAAAAAAAGUAUUGAAAAGGGUUUUAAAUAAAAAAUUGCAUAUAUAUAUUUAA